CCGUUCGUAGGUGAAGCGCAUUUUCCUGUUGAUCAAAAGCGACAAGGAACAGUACCAGGACCUGCCGGAGUCACGACUUCUCGCUAAAUACGAUAGGCAGGGAAGACUGAUCGUUCGUAUCUUUGGAGGAUAUCUCACCCUCGCGAUACUGCUAUUCCUGUCGCUCCCGUUGCCGGAAAUCAUAAGGGACGCGAGGAACCGCGGGAACAUCACCGAGCCGAAACUGCUGCACCCGAUGGAGUACAACAUCGACCAUUCAAAAUAUUACUACCACAUCACGGUGCACGCUUACGCCGCGUCUGCUCUGACGGUGUUCGUUAUCGUCGCGCUCGAUUCGUUCUUCAUUGUAGUCAUCCAACACUCCUGCCUACUAUUCGCUAUCACAGGAUUUCAGCUGAAAACCGCUCACGUCUUGAAUGAGAGUAUCCUCUGCCACGAUGACCAAUGGAAAGUCGUGAACGUCGGAAGAUUCACGACGCGAGAACAGAGCCUCGUGUUCCGGAAAGUUCUACGUGUUGUCGCGGGGCACAUGUCGGCCAUGGAAUACGUAAACCUUGUCCAGUCAACGUUCUCCUCCGCAUUGUUCUUUCAAGUGUUCUUCGCUCUCGUAUGCAUGACCGUCAGCGCGGUGGAAAUACUGCAGAACAUGAACAACUAUGACAUUGUAUUAGGAAUGAUGCUCUGGUUGGUAGGCCAGAUAAUGCAUUUAUUCUUCCUCUGCUUCAAUGGACAAAGACUGUCGGACUAUAGCGAGAACGUCUACUACGAUGCCAUGGAGUGCGUGUGGUACACUUUUUGCGCGAAGGGUAAGGUCGUUUAUCAGUUCUUCGUUAUGAACACCAUCACGCCUCACCGGUUGGUCGCCAUGAAAUUGAUGGUGUUGGACAUGCAAACCUUUCAAGCGGUGAUACGUCUGUCGGCCUCGUAUCUCACGGUAUUGUUAUCGGCGGUAUAGGUAACGUAGGAUGAGGAGCUGGUAUAGUUGUACGGAGUGUGCCGGGUAUGUAGGAACUAUAUUUGAGUAUCCAAUAAAUCCGUUUGUUGUCCCCUCGACGCUAGUCGAUUUUCACCUGAUCCUUACGAGUAUAUUAACCCUGCUCGCGGAAUCUACGCAUUCUCUGGCCGAAUCUAGCGUACAGAGACUCACCGAAUAAGUUCUACCGACAAUGAGAACGCGGUUGAACGCGUCGCGGGUUCUUACUGCGCAUUUAAAUAUAACUUUUCUCCGACGCUUCGAGACUUUCAGCUGCCCGAUCAAUGAUCUCCGAACACAUUGAGCAAGGUGUCGCAGCAUGGACAGAACAGAAACUACUGGAGCACCUUUCCCGGCAACCACUACACCGUCGCACGAGCAACAUGUAAAACGACCACUCGAAUUGAUGCAGUGCAGUGCAGUUUGGUUGACAGGAGACAAACAGGCACACACACAUUCGCCCGCGAGAAACGGAAUAGAAAACGUGUUACCUCCGGUAUCAAUAGACUCGUAGCACCGAGGAUCAUCACCGUUUGCCUGAUUUUGCGGGCAAAUAUCGGCUGGAACGGCCACACGCCGAAGAACGACAUCAUCCGCUUGGUCAACGAGUAAGCCGGAUGAUCGAAGAAAUCCAUCACUGAUUCCGUCCCUGGUUUCCCUGUCUCUCCCGACAGGAUGACACGUCAUGCGACAACGACGACUAAAGCUGGCAACACACCUGUAGAUGAACGCCCGUCCAGAGACCGAGUCGUCGGUUGGCACGCGGAGCUAGGGGUCGCAUUAAAAUUUCCAUGAGCCCCCGCCGUGUCCGUCCGCGGAGGGAAGCACACGAGUGCGAGGAAAUUGCGAUCGAUCCAGCGGAAAUGACAUCUCUGUCAAUCGAGUAACGGG